CUUCCCCACCCCCUCCCUUUGUGGGCGUGUGUGUGUGUGUGUGUGUGUGUGUGUGUGUGUGUGUGUGUGUGUGUGUGUGUGCGCGCGCGCGUUUGUGUCUGUGUGAUUUCUCCCUCCUUGUAAGAACACAGCCCGCGCCUGUCCCUGCUGCUGCUGCUCUCUCUGCCACCUCUUUCCUCUCCUUUCUCUUCCCGCUUAGCUCCCUUCCUUCUGGUCCUGCUCCCAUAUGGAGACUAAUCAUCCUGAUCAGCUCUCAGUAGAACAGCCAAAUCCCCCAGGGGAUAGCUCUCCACUCAAUCAAAACGUCCCAGGAAAACAAGAUGUUCAACAGUCCUCAACCUCAGGCCAAGCAGCAGAGCAAGAGGCAAGCCCGCAUCCUGAGAAGGGAGACCACGAUAUCUCUGAAGAGCUGAGCCGACAACUGGAAGACAUUAUAAACAUGUACGGGUCUGCUGCCAGUCCCACAGGAAAAGAGGGCACCUCCGAAACUAAGGAGCAGCCCCAAAACACAGAGGCACCGGACAAUGAGGAUGGCGACUAUGAGGAAACCACUGAAGAGACAGACAGAGAACCCACUGCUCCUGAAGAGCCUGCCACAGUCAAAGGGCCUGUCAGUAAUAAAGAGCAAAAGCUGGAAAAGAAAAUCCUGAAAGGAUUAGGUAAAGAAGCUAACUUGCUCAUGCAAAAUCUAAACAAGCUGCAGGCACCCGAAGAAAAGCUUGAUUUUUUAUUCAAGAAGUAUGCUGAAUUGCUGGAUGAACAUCGCACUGAGCAAAAGAAACUGAAGCUCCUACUGAAACAGCAGGCGCAAACGCAGAGAGAGAAGGACCAGUUGCAGAGUGAGCACAACAGAGCCAUCCUGGCUCGAAGCAAACUCGAGAGUCUGUGUCGGGAGCUACAGAGGCAUAAUAAGACACUGAAGGAAGAGACCCUCCAACGGGCGCGCGAGGAAGAAGAGAAGAGGAAAGAGAUCACGAGUCAUUUUCAGAGUACCCUGACAGAUAUCCAGACCCAGAUAGAACAGCAGAGCGAGCGCAAUAUGAAGCUCUGCCAGGAGAACACAGAGCUCGCAGAAAAACUGAAAAGCAUCAUCGACCAGUACGAGCUCAGAGAGGAGCAUCUGGACAAAAUAUUCAAACACCGAGAACUGCAGCAGAAGCUGGUGGAUGCGAAACUUGAAGAGGCCCAAGAACUGAUGCAGGAAGCAGAAGAGCGGCACAGACGGGAGAAGGAAUAUUUGCUGAACCAGGCAGCAGAGUGGAAACUUCAGGCCAAAGUGCUAAAGGAGCAGGAGACCGUGCUGCAGGCUCAGCUUACUCUCUACUCGGGAAGGUUUGAGGAGUUCCAGAGUACACUGACAAAAAGUAAUGAAGUGUUUGCCACUUUCAAGCAGGAAAUGGAUAAUACGACAAAGAAAAUGAAGAAGCUGGAGAAGGACACGGCCACAUGGAAAGCCCGAUUUGAGAAUUGUAACAAAGCCCUGCUGGACAUGAUCGAAGAGAAAGCCCUGCGAGCUAAGGAAUACGAGUGUUUCGUGAUGAAAAUCCAGAGGCUGGAGAACCUGUGUCGUGCUUUACAAGAAGAGAGAAAGGAACUCUACAAGAAAAUCAGAGACGCAAAAAUGUCCGAAAAGGAAGACCAGGUUCAGCACACCUCUGACGAAGAGCCAGAGUCAAAAGUCUCGGAAGAUAAACAGAUGGAUGUAGAGGCAGCCAACGGCGUUCAAAAUGCUGUGAAAAAUCUGGCCACAGCUUUCGCCAUCCUUCAUCAUCCAGAGUUCACCCCAGACCAAUCAAGGGAAAGACAACCGGCAGUGAAUGGCCCUCCAGGUGGAAGUGACCUCACCCACCAGCAUACCGAACCAGCCCAUUUAAACCAUCCCAACCCUUCCAGUGUUUCAGGGAGUCCUCAGCCCCCUGUGGGUUCUCAGGCUGGUUCUGAGGGGGGCUGUGAGGCUGCUCCUGCCCCUACAGCCUGCUGUACCCCUGCAGAGGCAGAGCUCCAAAGCCAGGGUCUCUCUGCUGGGAACCCCCCAGACCCGAAGCCGCAGAAGCCAGAGGCAAAAGCUUCUGGUCAGGUCCCACUGUCCCCAGCCCAGGGCUCCCUAGCCGUAGUAGAGGCAAAAUGUGAUAUUUCGCCGUCCCCAGAGAGUGAGAGAGAUCCUGCUGUUGUACCUGGGUGUGAGUCUAAGGAACAUCCCCCACCAGAAGUCCCAGACAUCCCGCUAGGCCCUAACACCGGGCUCCCCAGAGAGCCCGACGCCUGUCUGAACGGAGUAGAGUAAGCCUCAUCGAUUCUUCUGUCUGUUCACCUGCAGAAAAUCUGUGAAAGAAACUUCUAGUCCUAGAAAACACAUACACACGUAUUUUCAUACAUGUAUAUAACGUUAUCAUAUAAGCAUAUUUCACUCCUUACAGAUUUUUCUCUAUUGCAAGAUAUUUACAUGCUUGUAAAAAAAUUCUCUCUUUCUUACACUCUGGAUUACAGUAGAUUAAAACUGUAUGAAUCAGAAACAGCACAUGCUGUACACAAGGAGGACCUCAGGACGCCUUUAACAGCAAAGGGGAAACCACAAACAGGUGGUUCUGAUCUGCUAAUGCUUCUGAUUCUCACAGCUAGCUUCCUCCCAGCUUCCCAGCAUCCCACCUCCCGGGAUGAAGCAGCCUCCUCCUGGCUAUCUGUGAGAAAGUGGUUGGAAAUAAAGAAUCUAAGAUUUGAGGGGUUGCGUAUACUCAGCAUAGAGGAAGCUGGCCCUGGCCCCUGCUUCUUUGGCUACUGAUUUCUCAGGAAAACACUUCUUGUUGUCUCUAACCUUGUGUUUUAUCUCAAAGCAUCUAUUUCUUCCGAGUUCCCUCCUUUGUGUCAAUGUGUAUGCCUAGCUCACGUCUCUAUUACUGUUAAGUAAAAUAUAUUUUUCCGAAACAGGAAUCCACACGACCUCUCAAUAGGAGUAAUAAGGCUUACAAAGCCAACACAUUUUCUGCUCUAAGGAGUUUUGAACAGGCAGAAAUACAAAAUUAAAAAGGGGCAGACGAGGACUCCAUAGAUGUCAAAAGCUAGAAGCAAUUGGGAUUACCCAAACAAGUUUUAUACUCGCAUUAUUGACAAAAAAAAAAUCCUCUACUAACACUGACAGCAUACAUUACUCUGCCUAGGCUAAAAGAAGACUAUACUAACAAAACAGGAAGAAGUGGGAAGGAGGGAGACAGAAGGAGUAUAAGGAAUGGACUGUCUAAUCUAACUCUACGUUAAGAAGUUGAACACAGGUAGAAAUAUGGAUGAAGGAAGGCUCUUGAAAACUCAUCCAGGAAGUCAUUCUUCAGUGGUGCAUGGUGGCUGUUUGCCAAUGCACAUAAGGAGCUGGUAGGCAGUAGCCAUAUGUUAAAGGAAUUAUAAAACUGUAUAAAAUUUGUUUGAAGUAGACAGUAAGGGAAAGAACAAAAAUACCAUUUGGGGAAUAAAAAAAAAAAAAAAACCAGGGGAAAAAGCACGUCGUUAUUUGAGAACUCAUGUGUUUUCAGAGGCUUUGCAUAUUAUAACCGCACGGGUAUCCAGCCAAGUUCAACACCACUGGAAAUUAGACAUUCAAUUAACUCAAAGUCAAAUAUUCACUAUACUAAUCCCUUCUCUCUGUUUACAGGAGAAAGGACAGAGUAGGAUCAUCACAGUUAAGUCUCAAUCCAAAAACUCAGGAAGACAAACAGGCAGGAGGCACUGACAUCCAAUAAAUUAGGAAUUCUAAUAUCCAAUGUUUAUUAUUUUCAUCCAAGAGAAUUUCACAGCAACAUAUCACUCAUAACUGUGUGUACCUUUGGCACAGUUUCAUAGGCUAUACCUUCCCUGAAACCUGUAAAGCUUUAAUAUAGGCUUUGGGAGACUUAUUUUAAUAGUCAAAGAAUGUUUUAUUAUAGUACUUUGUGUUCAAACUUGGCCUUACUAAUCAUAACAACUCAUAAGAUCUGAAAGCAGAAAUUACAUCUCUUCUUUAUGAAGUUCAUAUAACUAUUUUUAGAGAUGCCAAAUCUUUCUAGAAACACUGGAAUUAUUGCUUUCUAAAUGUAAUAACAUAAUGUUUAUACCAAUUAAAAAGGCAUUUCUUCCAA